AUGCCGGAGACAAGAAAGGAAAAGAGAAAACUAAUGGACAGUGGGGAAAACGAAGUGGAACAAAGAGUUAUCCACUAUGUCAUCACUGCAAGAAGAAGGGUCACUCAGAGAACAGGUGCUGGUUUAGGCCUGGGAUCUAAUGUAAAGCCUGCAAACAGUUUGGACAUAUUGAGAAGAUGUGCAAGAACAAAGACCAGCAGUGAAGUGUGGCUGAUAGACAAUGGCUGCACCAACCACAUGGCAGCCAACUUGCAGAAUUUCAUUAGGCUGGACAAGACCUACAACUCUAGAGUCAAAAUUGGAAAUGGAGAAUAUGUGGAAGCCAAAGGAAUUGGGGAUGUUGAUGUCCUAACACAAUCAGGUACUAAAGUUAUCUCAAGUGUCUUCUAUGUAUCAGGAAUCAAUGUUCUGAAAACCGGACCGGACAAUGACCCGUUCAAGGGUCCAAUUUUUGGUUUGACCGGUUAG